GAGGGGCAGGCUCAGGCGGGAUUCGGCCUUGUCGCCUUGGCCAGACCCUAACUUGGGCUCUUCGGUUCCACCUUCCGAGUUGCCUUUUGCUUUUGUUCCAGACCUCACCUCUUUCUGCUGGGAAGCCCUUGCUUGCAAAGCUGGUCACGAGCUGCUCGCCAGCGGGAGCGGACAGAAAGCGUUAGCACAUCCCUACAUCCUUGAAAUUGCGAGCUGAGUACCAUCCCGAUGCAGGCUGUCUUCUGAAGGAAGCCUCCGACCUGCGCCUGCGGUCAGCCGUUAAAUUAAAAGCUCCCGUCAGGUUGUGGGAGCUGCUUGGGCUGCACGUGGUUAAUGCUCAGUGAUCAUUACUCGAAGGGCUCACAGCUCCCUCCCUCCUUCCUCCUGUCCUGGCUGUGGAGUUGCGGAAUCUGCCUUACACCCACUGAAGCGGUCAAGUGCCGUAGCACGGGGCCCUUUUCGUGCUGAUUUUGCGUCUAAACGCGGCGUGAACAUGUGGAAUUACUUUUUCUUGUAUGAUGGUUCAAAAGUUAAGGAAGAAGGAGAUCCUACAAGUGCCGGGAUCUGUUAUUUUUAUCCUUCUCAGACUCUCCCUGACCAGCAGGAACUGCUGUGCGGACAGAUUGCCGGAGUGGUGCGCUGCAUGACUGAGAUUUCUGGAGUUCCUCCAAGCCUCAUUCGCCUGAGGAAGCUCAAGUUUGCAGUUGUAGUGGCUGGAGACUAUCUGUGGGUUCUGGGCUGUGCUGUUGAGCUCCCUGAAUUCAGCUGCAGGCGGUUUCUGGAGCAGCUGAUCAGCCUCUUCACCUUCUACAACGGACCCGUGCACCGUGCGUACAUGGCAUUUCCUCAGGAGGAACUGAGUAGGCAGUGGGACAGAUACAUUGAGCAUAUACAAAGAAACACCAGUGACCUUCACAAGAUUUUCAACUCUCUCUGGAAUCUGGACAAAACCAAGGUGGACCCCCUGCUUUUACUGAAAGCAGCUCUCAUCUUGCAAACUUGCCAGCGGUCUCCCCAUGUCUUGGCAGGCUGCAUUCUCUACAAAGGCUUGAUUGUGAGCACCCAGCUGCCACCUCCUCUCACUGCCAAAGUUCUCCUCCAAGGCAAUGAGUCUCCGGGCCAGAGUGAGCCUGGAGGUGAGGAGCAGCGGGAGCCUGAUUCUCCGUUGCCGCAGGGUGUCUGUAUCAUCCCGGUAUUCCUAACAGAAGAUGAGGUCUCAGUGCUCCGAGACUUUCCCGUGGAGUGGAUGACUGGGUCAUCCAUGUCCCCAGCAAGCCCUAAAGGAGAGAAGAAUGCUCUCCGCUCCCAGGCAGUUUCAGAAUCAACAGGAGAUUAUGAAAACCAAGACCUGAAUAAUAUCUCUGUGCAGGAGUCCCCUGAGCAAGCGUCAAGCACAGCUGCACCAGAAGACGCUGUGCAAUCAGGCAGCCUUGCAAACACGGGUCCUUCGAAGGGCUUCCCCAAAAUGGAAGCCAGUGCAAAGAAUUCUCCAACUACAAAACCGAGCAGCCCAGUAAGCAGAAGUUCCGAGCUCAGUAGAAAAGCAUUCUUCCCAUUAGAGGGGGACACGAAGCAGCUGCCAAGCCCUUCCAAGCUCCACACUGCUGAGUGUGCUCAAACUACAGCUCCGUAUCUGGAAGGCUUUUACUUCCCAAACCCUUACGCCCAGGAGCAGGAGAGUCAGAGCGUGGGGAAAUCCCUUGUGGACUCUGGUGCUGAACAAUGCAGUUUCCAGGGUUACCCCACAACCAGUGGCAGUCCAGCUAUUUGCUCUCCUGCCCAAGAGUUGGGCAGAAGGAAAUCAAGUGGAGAAGACGAGCAAGGGACUAUGAGCCAAGAUAGCAUCUCUGGAGAAAGCAGCAGUGCAGCUGGUGGCAACGUGCGGGGUUUGGAUUGUCCAGCCCCUCUACAGUCAGGGCUCCAAAGCAGGAGUCAGCCGCCAGCUGUAGAGGCUCAGGAGAGCCUGCCCAGUGACCCAGCAGAGAACACACACCGUCCCAGGCGCGGGGAGAGCCUGUUGGACGGGCUGGGAGCCCAGGCUGGUGUGGAGUCCGACGAGGAGUGCAGACUGGUUAAAAUGAGCUUGUAUGUUCACUGUAUUAAGGGGCUCGUGCUCUCCCUGCUGGCUGAAGAUCACCUCCGAGAGGACCAGAGCUCCGCUGAAGAUGUGUACCACAGCAGCCUGGCUUCUCUAAAUGGCCUCGAGGUUCAUCUGAGGGAGACUCUGCCCAAAGACUCCUCUUCCUCAGCCAAGACAACCUACAGCUUCACUCACUAUGAUAGCGUUCAGAACGUACUCACGGCCAACCUGCCCCGUACGCCUGGCCCCCUGGAUCGGCACUUCCUGAGAGCCGCUACGCUGAUCCACUCCGACUUCAACCAGCUUCCGACCGCUUCAGAAAUGAUCAUUAGGAACGCCUCCACGGCCGUGUACGCCUGCCGGAAUCCCGUCCAGGAAACCUACUUCCAGCAGCUGGGCGCUCCGCUCCGCAACUCGGGCGUUCCCAACCCUCACGACAGUGCAUUCAGCUUGCCGAGCAAGGCCAAGCAGAAGCUGCUGAAGCAUGGAGUGAACCUGCUCUGAACUGGUGCACUGAGGCAACGUGCCACAGCCCGUCCUGAAAGUUAGCUCACCUCUGAUAAGUGAAAUCUGAAAGCCAUUUAUUCUGCAGGAGGCUCUGCUGCACCUAUGGGGCCUGCAGCCUGCCUUGCCCUGAGCAAGGGGCGCUCUUAGUGCCCUGGUCCUGCAGCACGCUCUGGGCUAGCGCGGGGCAUCGCUGACGUUAGCACUUACCAAAGACUGCGGUUAGAACAUAGCUGUGGUGGGGUGCUUGGUUUACAUUGAAUCUAGGACUGUUCAUGGUGCUCUGCUGCCCCAGGCAGAGACUCCUGGAGUGCCUUGACCUAAAGUAAAACCUCUUCUUGCUCUAAGCUACGCAGAGGCCGGGCUGCUGGGUAGUACUGGCUUUCGGAGACGGCAGUCAGACACUGCACCUGCCUGGAGUUCUGUGCCUACACUUGCCCCGGUCAAACUUGGGCUUUAUUUAUAUUUUUUCACCUAUAGAAAUGAUCCCCUGCCACAAUAUAACGCCUUACCUCGAUUAACAGAGCCUGCAUAUCCUCAGUCUAACUGGAAUAGAACAAGUGCUGCAAAAACUCAUAAUCUUCCUACGGGUGCCGUCAGGAGGUUUUUAGCCCCUAGAUGAAUUUGGGAGAUCCUUGUCCCUCCAGACACGCCCCAUCGGUGGCUGUGCGGCACAGCGCUGCCUUCCCCGCUGCCCCCCGUGCAGCUGCACCCACCGGCCUCGCAAGGGGCCGCGGCGAUGGUGGUGGCAUGAAUGCACCGCGCCUCCCGCCUCGCCUCUCCGGCUCCCUUCUCCCUCCUGCCGGAGCGCCCUGUUCCACCUCCUUGCUCUUGCUGCUCAGUUUGUCUCUGCUCUGUCGACAGAAGGGGCAGGCGGGAGCCCCUUAAGCUAAUGGGACCAAAGAGGUUUUGUAGCUCCUGGCAGCUCUUCUCUUGCCGCUCAGACAGCGGCGUGGCCCCUCUGCGCGGUGACGGCCGCUUGGACCUGAGCGAUGGAUACCUGCCUGUCUGGGCUGCGUGCUUGAGAGCCUGCUGCUGUUACGCACACGUCGCUGUGGAAAUAAAAGGGAGUCCCCGAGACUCCUCCGAGCGCUGCGUGUCAGUGGUCAGGGUCCCGCCUACUGCUUGGUCGUUGUGUUUGUGAUUCCUGGUGUGAGGGGUUGGGGUUGGGUCACCCCCUUACCCCCAGCUAGCCCCCCGCUGAGGGCGAGUGCCUGCACUGGGGGGGUUGGACGGGCCGUGCCUGUUGCUGCGAUCGCUCCUGCAGAGCAGCGACUUGUCAGGGUCUGGGGCGGCUGCUGACGGAAGGUGUGGUCCCGGCUUUGCCGUGGCGCGGGGGGCAGAUUGUGUCGGUGUUAGGGGGCUCCCAGGAGCUGGAUGCGGUUAAGUCACCAUCGUCACAACUUCUUGUUCCACGCUGACGGUGGGCAAUGCCCGAGGUAGCUCUGCCGUCGCAGGGCUCCUCUGCAGACCUUGGCUGGGAGGUUCAGUGGACUCGGGAGGAAGAGCCAGCUGCUGGCCCGGGGCUGGCUGGGCACCGAGUGCCGUCUGCCUCCAGCUCCGGCAGCUGAGGGGGUGUUUCAGCAGCAGGAGAGCUGUGCGCCGCUGCUCCCUGCUCCUAAUUCAGGGCAGGGUUA